AUGAUGGACUAUAGAGCCGUCCUGCGGUUCGCAACAGUCACCAGAGCUGCCUCAUUGUGUUUGCAGGCUCUAUUGAACGCUGCCAUCCCUGAUCACGAUGCUGAGGCGUUCAGGCCCCCACGGACAGAAGACCCUCUCUACUUGGACUCGGCGGUAGAGUGGUUAUUCGGCGGUCUCGGCCAUUGGGACGCCGAGCAUUUCCUCCACAUCGCUGAGAGAGGAUACCUCUACGAGCACAACUUUGCUUUUUUCCCCCUUUACCCCAUCAUUCUGCGGGGUCUAGCUGACACGCUGCUGUGGCCCCUGGGUGACUGGUUGAGCUUGCGAGGCCGUUUGUUGUUGGCAGUCGCCCUUGGAAAUAGUACCCUUUUCCUGCUGAGCGUGGUGGCCUUGCACGCCCUCAGUCGAGUGGUUAUGCAGGACCGACGUCUCGCCCUGCUUUCCACUUUGCUGUACUGCAUCACACCUGCCAAUGUUUUCAUGACUGCAGGCUAUUCGGAAAGUCUGUUUGCCGCACUCACCUUUGGGGGUCUGUUUCUCCUGGAAAAAGGGCUCAUCCUUCGAGCCUGCCUGGCGUUGAGUACAGCAACUGCAGCACGAUCCAAUGGCCUGGUUAAUAUAGGCUUUCUUCUGUAUCUUCCAUCAGUAUAUGCCAUCUCUCAAAUCCGUUUAUACCGUUCCAUUGCCAAAGGCCACAGGAAGUUCUUCCAUUACAUUUGGGUCAUUGUCCGCCUCCUGCUUACGUCACUGCUUGGAACAGCAGUUAUUGCCCUUCCCUUCUGCGCUUUUCAAUACUAUGGCUAUAGAACGUUUUGUACACCUACAUCUUCUUUGGACCGUAUCCCUCUUGCUCUUAUCUCUUUGGCUGAGCAGAAGGGGUAUCGGAUUGCAGAUGAAAAUAGUCCUCCUCCUUUGUGGUGCAUGAGACCUCUCCCCAUAAUUUAUUCCCAUAUCCAGGACGUGUACUGGAACACGGGCUUCCUCCGUUACUUUGAACUGAAACAAAUACCGAACUUCCUUCUUGCUCUACCCAUGGCUACUUUGGGUGUAAUGGCAGCUUAUGCCUAUUUCCAAGCAAACCCAGAGCUGUGUUUCAGACUCGGACUUUGGGAGGCAGAUUCAAAGAAAAGCCUGGACAAACCCAUACCGGGAUUUUUAAACCCCAGAGUUUUUGUUUAUGUUGUACAUUCGACUGUUCUGCUGGUGUUUGGAACCCUGUGCAUGCAUGUGCAGGUCCUAACCAGAUUCAUGGCCUCCUCAUCUCCUGUCCCCUUCUGGAUCAGUGCUCAUCUGCUUCUACUUAACGAACCACUUCUCCACCGACGGAAAACCUCAAAACCCAACAUUCAGUUGAAGACUCCUGACAAAAACGGAUGCAAGCACACUCCUCCAAAUCCUGUCGUUGCACUGAUACCGUACAUUAAAAUGUGCUCUCCCACCACACAAAGCAUCUUGGGAUACUUUCUCUCAUACUGGUUCCUGGGACUGGCGAUGCAUUGUAACUCUCUACCGUGGACUUGA